AUGACGACCCCUCUCAAGAACAUCCUCAUCCUCGGUGGAUCUUAUGCUGGAGUCAGUACAGCACAUAGAAUUCUAAAGCAAUCAGUCAAAGCAGGCCUCUCCGUCAAAAUCACCUUGGUUUCACCCAAUACCCACGUAUACUGGAACAUUGCAUCCAUACGAGCAAUCAUACUAGGAGAGAUGUCAGAUGAGAAAGUGUUCUCCUCGAUAGCUACAGGGUUUAAACAAUACACAGCUGACGAGUUCGAAUUUAUCGUCGGUACUGCUGAACAGUUGGAUGUGGAUAACAAAACAGUCGUUGUGUCGGGAGAUAGUGGAAGAUCGAGCUUGACUUAUGAUUUCCUUAUACUUGCUACCGGCUCAAGGACCAAAGAAGAUUCUCCUUUCAAGGGCAGGGGCUCUUAUCAAGAUUCGCUUGACUUGUUACAUGACUGGCAAUCCAAGGUUGAGAGUGCGUCAUCUAUCUAUGUAGCCGGAGCUGGAGCGACAGGUGUCGAAACAGCUGGUGAGCUAGGUUUCGCAUAUGGAUCAUCAAAGGAUAUUACUCUGAUUGCAAGUGGCCCCGCUGUUCUUGAAGGUACUCCCGCGAGUGUCUCAAAAACUGCCACCAAACAACUAGAAAGCCUCCAUGUCAACAUUAAGGUCUCCACCAAGGUUUCCGGUUCAGCAAAAACGCCCGACGGAAAGUACGAAAUCACUCUUUCCAAUGGCGAGAAAAUCAUUACCGAUUUGUAUAUUCCGACCAUGGGUGUUAUCCCAAAUUCUGCAUAUAUCCCUGAGACAUAUCUCAACCCAGCUGGAUAUGCAAUGGUGGACCAAUAUUUGAGAUUGAAGGAUACUAAGGAUAUUUGGGUCGUCGGUGAUGUGUCUGCUGUUGAACGACCGCAGUAUGUGAAUGCAGAGAAGCAAAGUGUGCAUGUUGCGAAGAAUAUCGGUUUGGUAUUGAAGGCUGCCGAGCCAUUAGGCUAUAAGGUUGGAGAGAAGAAUAUGUUGGCGAUUCCAAUUGGUAAAAAAGCUGGCACAGGUCAUAUGGGAGGAAUGAAGUUCCCUAGUUUCGUGGUGAAUAUGGUAAAGGGAAAGACUUUGUUUACGGAGAAGUUGACACCUAUGGUUAAUGGAUCUGCGUUUUAG